AUCGCGCAGGGCCAGUUGUUUUAUAUCGCGAUGCAGCUCGCUACGCGAGUAUUAUUGCUGUAUCUGUUUGCUUUCUGUGAUGGGUCGAGACGGAAUUUUUUGUCAGGGCUGGUCGAGGAUGCGAUAGAGCACCCUCCUUUUGACAUGAAAGAAUGGCUGUCACCUGAGAGAAUACCAUUUGAGAGGUCACCCAGAAGAAUGUCAGAUGAUCCUUACACCAACGUCGGAAACAUGCCUGAAUACAAACAAAGACUAGACAAUUAUGAGGACGCGCCGAUUGUUCCGUAUCACAGCAAGUCGGAGACGAAUCACAAGACGACUACGCCCAUCACGCCGAUGAACGAUCCGGAGGGCAAUCCGCACAAGAUCAAGUAUCGGCAUCGCAAGCACAGCCAAAAGUCCGUCGUCGCCGGUCUGGACAAUCUGAGACCCAUCGAUGAGAGGAGCUGCCUGGAUCCUCUGCUCCUCACGAACACCACGAUGUCGAGCCCCGUCCAAUGCGCUCGCACGUGUCGCAAGGGUGACCGUAAGAUCUGCUAUUACCACUUCGUCGUGGAGUAUUAUCAGAUCAACGGAAUGGCCUGCAGACUGUGCAUCCCCAACGCGACGAACAGCUUCUGCAGCAGUUGCCAGUGCGUGCCCGCCGACGGUGUCGAGCGCUCCGCGACGGUCGUAAACAGGCAAAUACCGGGGCCGUCCAUCGAGGUGUGCGAAGGCGAUCACGUAGUGAUCGAUGUCGAGAAUCGCAUGAGCGGCAGCAGCUUGUCGAUCCAUUGGCACGGAUUGUUCCAAAAUAAAUUUCAAUAUUACGACGGCGUCCCGUUCCUGACGCAGUGCCCCAUCAGCGGUGGCAACGUAUUCAGGUAUCAGUGGGGCGCGAACAAUCCGGGGACGCAUUUCUGGCACGCACACAGCGGCCUGCAGAAGAUGGACGGGGUCUUCGGUAGUGUUAUCGUGCGUCAACCGCCUGAGGACGACCUUCACGGUCGUCUGUACGAUUACGACCUCUCCACUCACGUGCUGUCGAUCAACGACUGGAUGCAUCAACCAGCGAUACAAUACUUCCCCGGCAGACGUCUCUCUGAUGUCGGCCAAUUGCCGAAUACGAUACUCAUCAAUGGCAAAGGGCGGUACACGGAUCCAAAGACCGGGAUGACGACGAACACCACGCUCGAGGUGAUCGACGUGGAGCCCGAUAAGAGAUAUCGCAUGCGCUUGAUCAACGCUUUUUGCACGGUUUGCCCAGGCAUGUUCACCAUACAGGAUCACAAGAUCACCAUUAUUGCCACGGACGGUACGGAUAUCGAGCCGAAAACGGUGGAUUCCGUCACGUCGUUCGCAGGCGAACGUUACGAUUUCAUUUUGCACACCAACAAGUCCGUCGGCUCUUAUUGGGUACAAGUUCGCGGCAUGGGCGGAUGCGCGCUGGAAGAAAUACAACAAGUGGCCAUCUUGCGCUACAAGGGUGCACCGGAGAAGCCGCAGUUGCAGUCUCCUAGUUACAACGCCGGUCUCCCUCAGGGUCUCGUGCUGAACGCGUUGAAUGCAACUUGCGAAGUACCGCAGGACGAUACAAUCUGCGUGAGCAAUUUAGACAGCAAAGAGAAGAUAGACAAGAGGAUUCUCGAGAAGGAGCCUGACCUAAAAUUCUAUUUACCCGUCGGUUUCGAGCAAUAUACGCUUCAGGAAGUCUUCGAACCUAAUCAUUAUCGUAGAUUUAUGGUCGCGUCGGGUAGAGCUACCAUAAACGCCCUAAUCGACGGCAUAUCGUUCGAGUUCCCGCCCUCGCCGCCCCUUUCUCAAUCUUCGGACAUUCCUCAUAAUCAGUAUUGCAACAGAAAUACCAUAUCGGACAGGUGCCCAGACGGCAUGUGCACCUGCACGCACAGACUGGACAUCCCGUUGAACGCGUUGACGGAGAUAGUGCUGGUAGACGAACUACAAGCGACCAAUUUGUCCCACCCGUUCCACAUGCACGGGCACAAUUUCCACGUAAUGGGCAUGGGACGCGCGCAGAAUGAGACCAGCAUUAACUGGAAAAUCGUGCGGGAAAUGGACGAGAAAAAUUUGGUCAACAGGUGCUUUGACAAGCCAGUGAGGAAAGAUACCGUCGUGAUUCCGUACAACGGCUACGUCGUGUUGCGCUUCAUCGCGAACAACCCUGGCUACUGGCUGUUCCACUGUCACUUCAUUUACCAUCAGAUGGUUGGCAUGGAGGUCCUCUUAAAAGUCGGCGAGCGAAAGGACAUUCCGCCAGUGCCGAAGAACUUUCCCAAAUGCGGCCAGUAUUUUCCGAAUGCUGGAUACAACGCGUAUCCGCCGUUUAUGGAGAAGAAAUAUUAUCCGCGAUACUCGUAAAUCGCGUUAGCGUACAAAAGCACUCUAAUUUAUAAUUUCACAGACAUUUGUGUUUUUAUCGAUCCACGAUCUGUAGUAAGACACCCUGGUGGAGAUGUCUGGGUAAUUGGAACUGCAACGUGCAUGUGACACGAGACCGACUAGAACACCGUCCGCAACAACGGGAUCACCGAAAUCACCCUGUCCGAAUAAUUUAUUUAACAUGUUAAGGUCCGCCAAAGUUCUCAUUACGACAUUAAACAGAUUAAAAUGUUA